UCUGUGGUAAAAUGGGCCAUACCAUCUUCUUACAGGUUAAACCUGAGACGUGGAAGGAAGGGAGAGCUCCAAGAAAUGCUGCUGCAUCUUCCACGAAGAAAAGCCCUUUGACAAUGAUCACGAUCAUGGUUGCUGUUCCAGGAACGAUGAAGGGCCCAGCACGACUCAUUCUUGAUUUAUCUAUUGGCUUCAUCCUUCUUCUAUCUUUAUAAUCAGAACCAAAAGCUGCGGCAUCAGAGGAUCUAAGAAGGUACCUGCCAGUGUACAAAGCUGCAAUGAAAGGCGACUGGGAGAGUGCGAAAAAAAUGUUGGCCCAAGAUGAAGAUGCAGUGACAGCCUAUAUCACUGCAAACCAUGAAACACUACUCCACCGAGCAGUUGGGACAGGUAAAGCAAUUCAUUUUGUGGAUAAGUUGGUCGGACUAAUGCCAAGGGAGGCACUUGCUUUACAAAAUGGCCAAAACGAGACAGCCCUCAGCGUUGCAGCCAGGUUUGGCAACACAAAAGCCGCAAUUAUAUUGGUGAACAAAAACCCAGCUUUGCUUCAAAUGAAGAACCAUGAUGGUUUGUUUCCAGUCCACUUGGCUGCUUUGUAUGCCCACAAGGAAACUCUUUUAUAUUUAAUGACCGCAACCAAAGACGAUCACCAUCCCAGUCCAUAUGCAGAUCAAUCUGGUGUUCAGCUUCUGGUUCAUGUAAUAGUUUCUGGAUUAUUCGACGUGGCACUGGAUUUGGUUCAUCAUCACCCAAAUUUGGCUACAUUGAAACUUGAAAAUGUUGACUAUCCUCUGAAAGCACUCGCUAGAAAGGCAUCUGCAUUCCCAAGCGGAUGUCAACUCAACUUUUGGCAGCGUUUCAUCUAUGAUCGUGUUCCUGUGAAGUUGGAAAACUACCCUAACAACCCAAAUGCUGAUGACAUUGAGAAUCCAGCGGACAACUGUCAACUGUUUCUUCAGAUGAGUGGCAGAGGAAACUUGUUCAUCUCUGGUUUGUCAUAA